AUGGCGGACGGUAGACACCAGCACUCUAGACGGGCGCCAACCACCAACGCCUACGAUGCUACCGAACUGACCCGUGCGUUCGAGCAACUGAUGCGGACAAAGAGGUUCAAUCUUCUCCAGGAGCAAUCACGAUCUCGAUCUCGCACAGAAUCGCCGUCUCCUGCCACCGCAUACUACCCACCACAUCCCUCGCGGGCACCACCACCGCCGCCGCCGCCGACCGCUACUCACUCUUCGUCAUCCCAGUCACUAUCAUCACCACCGCAGCAGCAGCAGCAGCAACACCAUCAAUUGCCGUCCGCAUCACCCUUAUUAAGAAACCUCCCCAUCGUUCCCUCGCCGCCGCAAGAUCAACAGUCUCUAAAGUUCCGAAACCUCCUCCAUGUUCUAUCCGUCACCCCGACCAAGUAUGAAAAUCCAGGUCUUCUCGAUGAAGCUCUAUCCCUCAUCCCGCUCGAUCGGCUAUACUCUGAGGCGGAGGAGGAAAGUCAGAUUAUGCAAGCCCAGGCAGCGAGCGUCGGAGGAAAGCCUGAAUGGGGCUAUCAGGACUGCGUCAUCAGGGCUCUACUAAGAUGGUUCAAACGAUCCUUCUUCCAAUUUGUCAACAACCCCCCGUGCUCGAGAUGCUUUACGCCGACAAUCGCUCAGGGCAUGACCCCUCCUACUCCUGACGAAACUGCCCGUGGUGCAACUCGCGUUGAACUCUACCGAUGUUCCGAAUCAACUUGCGGCGCGUAUGAGAGAUUCCCGCGAUAUUCAGAUGUUUGGCAAUUGCUACAAAGUAAGAGAGGACGCGUCGGCGAAUGGGCCAACUGCUUCAGCAUGUUUUGCAGAGCAUUGGGUGGUCGGGUUCGCUGGGUAUGGAACUCGGAGGAUUAUGUCUGGACCGAAGUUUACUCGGAACAUCAACGACGCUGGGUGCACGUUGAUGCAUGCGAAGAAGCGUGGGAUCAGCCUCGUCUCUACACAGAGGGUUGGGGCCGAAAAAUUUCCUACUGUGUUGCCUUCUCCAUUGACGGUGCGACAGAUGUCACCAGACGAUAUGUGCGCAGUCCGAUCAAACACGGUGCCCAGCGGAACCGUGCGCCGGAGGAAGUGCUCUUGUGGGUCAUUCAGGAAAUUCGGAAAAAACGUCGCGAAAACAUGUCCAAGACAGACCAGAGACGACUCAUAAAGGAGGACGAGCGCGAAGAAAAGGAACUCCGUGCGUACAUGGCUUCUGCUCUCGCCGCGGAGAUCAACAACUUGCUCCCUCGGCAACAAACGACUGGUCGAGCCGACGAGCAGAAAACACCAACUUCACGACAAGAAGCUUCAGCGGAUUGGCUUGCAACACGACAAACAAAUCCGCAGUCGGGUCCAGAUCGCACACAAGAUGGUCGAUAA